AUGUUGCAUGCGGCGUGCCAAGCGCACAACGGGGAACUGACGCUGCUUUUUUACACGGACGAGGUCACAGGAGGAAAUGUCUUGAGCGCGCCUCAGGCGCGAAAGGCCAAUCUGGUGUAUGUCAGCUGGCUGGAGUGUCCACUGCUGCACAUGGAGUCUCAGUGGCUCACGCUGAGCGUAUGCCGCAGCUCCGACAUUAGUGAAAUGCGCGGAGGCAUGGCAGCCUUGGUCACUGCUGUGUUGACGUUCAUUCAGCAUGAAUGUGGAGACGGGUUUGCUGUGGCAUGGACAGAUCAUGAUGUAGAUUUGCUACGGAUCAAAAAGGUUUACAUUCUGGCGGACGCGGAAGCAAUUCGCAGCUGCACCGGUUGCAAAGGCCAUGCCGGUCUGAAGCCGUGCCUGCACUGCGUAAACUGCAUGGCUGUCGGAAAAGCUGAUGGUGUGGUAGAUCACUACGACAUCACAUGCGGAGACCUGAAUCGCUUUUGGCCGCAGACAGAUUCAGGCAUCAGUGCAGCAGCCGACAUUUUGCGUGAAGACAUGACGGCCACAAGAAAAAAGGAUUGUGAGAAAUUCUUAGGUUGGAAUUGGACACACUUCCAAGAAGGUCCUCUCCUAGCACCGCAACUAAAAGAAUGGAUCACAAUCGACAGCCUGCUGUACGACAGCAUGCACAUCUUCUUCAACAAUGGACAGAUUUGCCAGCUGCUAGGCCUAUGGUAUGAUAUGCUGCUGCAGCAUACCGGUUUGUCCCUGCAGCAUGUGAAACAAUAUGCCUCUCUAUGGACGCCGGUCCGAGGAAGUCCUGCUGCUUGCGGACCAAAGCCAUCGCAGUACUUCAAUGAGAAACUCUGGAAAGCCGGCGCGGAUUUCCGUGGAGAUGCGGAUGCUGCUGCGGCCACCCUGGCCCUUGCCGUGGCCUUCUGCGAAGAAGUGCUCAUGGUCGAAGAAACCCUUCGUCCUUGCAUCGAAUCCAUGCAAUGCCUGCACCAACUGGUGUGCUGCAUUUGGGCCUGCAAGGUCUCCUCUUCAGCUGCAAGCAAACUGGAAGCACUACAAAGAAAACAUUUUGAAGCGUAUUCAAAAGCAUGGUCUCAAGAAACUAUGCGGCCCAAGUGGCAUUAUGGAUUGCAUGUGCAAUCUCAAGUCCAAAGAUGUGGCAAAAUGCUGGACACAUGGGCCUUAGAAAGAAAACAUAAAUUCUUCAAAAAGCUCACAACAGGUAACUGGGGAUUUGCACCGACUUUCGCGGAGUCGGCUUUGCUGGAACUAUCCACGGCCGACCUGCAAGAAUCCUACGAGGUGAGUUGGUUGAACUUGUCCUUGCUGGGAUCCACCGUAAUUAAGAAUUUACCUGGCCUCCCCGGUCCCUGCGAAAUGAGCAACGGCCUAGUUGUCAAAGGAGUGAAAUACAUUCGAGAGCAGUACCUGUUGCUUGGAAACGGUGCUGCAGCUGCACAAGUGCUCGGAGGGAUCAAAACUGCGAACGCAGAUUUUUUCCUUUUGGUCGAGCUCAUGGUGCCGCUGCAAGUCCAACCCAGCUACCGCACCCUUUGGAAAAGGGCAAAGGAAAAUGAGCCGGCCUGCGCCCUAGUGAAGCUCUUCGAUGAGAUGGAGAAGCGUAUACCACCGGAUAUGAAAUCUGAUGAUGAUCUUGUACCCGGUGGUGAUUUGAGGAGCAACGGAAACAACUGGCUCAGGAGUGCCUACAAGGCUUCAGGAAACCAUUUGAAUUCCGAUGCCAAGGAGGCUGUGGAAGACCAAGUGGAUAAAAACAAACAAGAUAAAUCCAUGAAGGAGGAAGCAAGGCAAGAGGAAAAAGGACAGGAGGAUCAGACUUCAAGUGAGGAGGAUUGUGAUAACGAAAAAAGUAGAGAAACGCUGAAGAAGGAAAGGUCAAUGGUGCACGGCUUAACUCGAGAGUUGAUUCUCUACCUUUGUACGUGUUCCGGCCCCGAUCACUGGAUGACGUCAAAGGAUGACACUGCCUGCCAGUCGAAGUCAGCCAUUGCAACGCUCUAUGGCGAAGAGAUAGAUUUUCGACCUGAACAACUUCCAGCUCACGCCAAGGAGGCAGUUGCCGCCCCGCUUUGCGGGGAAGAGAAGACGACAGAAGAAGAACCGAGUGAAGCUGAGACAGAUGAGAGAAAUGCAGAAACUGCAGAGGACAAAGGUGAAGCGGAGGAGGACGAAGAGAGCGAAGAUGAAGACGAAGAGACAGCACCCAAGAAGGAGAAAGACCAAGACGAAGAGAAGAAGGAAGACGGAGAAGAUGAGGAGGAUGCAGAAGACGACCUUGAGGUUGGGUCACCCCAGAACGAUGGCAAGAAGAUGGAAGAGAAGAAGAUGGAAGAGCAGAAAGAUGAGGAGGACGAAGAGAGUGAAGAUAAAGACGAAGAGACAGCACCCAAGAAGGAGAAAGACCAAGACGAAGAGAAGAAGGAAGACGGAGAAGAUGAGGAGGAUGCAGAAGACGACCUUGAGGUUGGGUCACCCCAGAACGAUGGCAAGAAGAUGGAAGAGAAGAAGAUGGAAGAGCAGAAAGAUGAGGAGGACGAAGAGAGUGAAGAUAAAGACGAAGAGACAGCACCCAAGAAGGACCAGAUGGAGGAAAGCCAAGAUGAGAGCGAUGAUGAGCUGGAAGACGAAAAAGAGGAGAAAGACCAAGACGAAGAGAAGAAGGAAGACCGAGAAGAUGAGGAGGAUGCAGAAGACGACCUUGAGGUUGGGUCACCCCAGAACGAUGGCAAGAAGAUGGAAGAGAAGAAGAUGGAAGAGCAGAAAGAUGAGGAGGACGAAGAGAGUGAAGAUAAAGACGAAGAGACAGCACCCAAGAAGGACCAGAUGGAGGUAAGCCAAGAUGAGAGCGAUGAUGAGUUCGAAGACGAAGAAGAGGAGAAAGACCACCACGAAGAGAAGAAGGAAGAUGGAGAAGAUGAGGAGGAUACAAAAGACGACCUUGAAGAUGGGUCACCUCAGAAGGAUGGCAAGAAGAUGGAAGAGCAGAAAGAUGUGGACCAGGACAUGGAGGAAGACGAUGGAGGAAAAGAAGAUGAUUCAUCGUCAAGCUCCGAGAGCACAAGUUCAUCCACAUCGUCACCCUCAGACACAAGCAGCAGCAGCAGCUCACCAAAGAAGAACAAGCCAGACAGCUUGACAAGAUGUGCAACAGAGGCAGCUGCUUUGGCCGACUUGGAUGCUGUGGGACUUCAAAAUUACUGGUUGUAUUGCCGUGGUGAUCAUCCAGAUCAAAUUGUUCAAGAAGCUCUAAGACGUAUGGAAACCUGGGAUUACACCAAGCCCAUCUCAAAGAACGUUGUAAAACAAACAGAGCGUGAACUUGCAAAACUACUCCAACAGGCGAAAGAGUCCGAGAAGAAGCCGAAGGCAAAAGCAACAGCAAAAGCAAAGACCAAGCCGACAAAGAAGACCAAGGACGCUUGGGUGGUUGAAAUCCGCCGACGUUCAACCGGCAAAGCUGCAGGGCAGCUUUACAAACUGUACAUCAGUCCCAAAGAAAGGGAGUCGGACAAAAUUGCUGCGAUCCAGCAGAGUUUGGUCAAGGGUAAGGUCUCUGCCGAAGCUGUGCCCGAGGAGUUCACCAUCUACUGGAAGGACAUGGCUGAAUCCAGCCGGAUUUGGGGAACACUACCCAAUAUCGGCAGCCUUCGACUGCCCCUGGAUGUGAAGCAGUUGAAGGCAGCCUUGGCAAGGAGACUGGGGGUGAUAAAUACGACGUCUUUGUCGAAGUAA